GGGGACUGGCCAAAAAAGCAGGCGGAUUUCUCGGGCCCUUGUCUUCUUUUUUUUUUCUCUCCACCUACGUUCGCACAUGACUAUAUAUAGCGUGCAGUGAAUGGGAGAAUAGGGCUCGGCAGACGCCGCCACAGGGCGACGGCGCGAGAGCGAAGCCACCCGCAGCGGCGGCGGCGCACGUCUUGGGCGGACGGUGUCGCGGCGGCACCGCUAUGCUCCUUCGCCCGGUCGCCGGCCUUCGCGGAGGCCCGUGCCCCGGCCGCCGCCAUGACGACAGGCAAUGACAAGGUCGAGGAAACCGUCUGGGAGUACAAGGCGCUGAUCCUGGACAGGGACAAGAAGCCCAAGGGUCCCCACACGUGGGUGAGCAAACCGGCCUCUUUCAUCAAAGUUCAAGAGAGCGACCCGGAUCUGCAGUACGAAGCGUGCGAGUUCGGCAACGGGAGUUCGCGCAAUGUGGCCUUCAGGAUAACUAAGGCCAACGGACUUCAGUUCAACCCCGACCACGGCGUUCUCAAGCCUAACGAGAAGGUGCCGCUCAAGUUCAAAGUGCGUCCAAGCACGAGGCGACCCGACCAGGCCCAGAUUGAGAUCCUGGCCAUACACGUCAACCCGACCAACAGCGACAAGGCGAUCGAGGAUAAGUGGCGCCUGGUGCCCGCCAACAAGGUGUCGCGCGUCCGCCACACCGUGCAGCUGAGGGCGCCCGAGAUAACCAGGCCGCAGCCAUUGCCGCCGCCCCCCGCAGUUGCCCGUGUGACGCUCCCGGAACGGACUUCUCGGCAUGCGGAGGACCGGCACGCGGAGGACCGGCACGCGGACGAGAAAGAGGCGGAUCGGCCGGCGGUGCCUACGGUCGACUGGUCGGAGCGCUGGAGAUCGGAGGCCCGGCCGCAACCGCAGGAUGUCCCUCCUGAGCGUGUCGUCCCAGCCCGACAGUGCUUGCAGAUGCUGUUCCACGCCGCACUGGUGGCCGCCCUGGUGGCGCUUCCCUGCUCCUGGGCAAAGGUGUUCCAGAAAUGCGAGCUGGCCCGCGAACUUCUCCAUGUGCACGGUUUUCCCGAAGACCAGAUACCGCAGUGGGUGUGCAUCGCCGAGCAUGAGAGCCUCUUCAACAGCAGCGCAGUCGGUCACAUGAACUGGGACGGCAGCGCAGAUCACGGUCUCUUUCAGAUCAACGACCGGUACUGGUGCAGCCCGCCUGGACCAAAGAAUGAAUGCUACAUUGACUGCGCCGACCUCGAGGAUGACGACAUAACUGACGACGUUGAGUGCGUGCGCCUCAUUUAUAAGAGGCACGGAUUCUCAGCCUGGGCCGUGUGGAGGGGCCUCUGCAGGGGAGUCAACUACAGCAAUUACUUAAACGAAUGCAUUUCCGGCAAAGUCGGAGCCGUUAACUCAGUACUCUGGAAUUACGGGAGAAAAUAAAAAGGACACGUUCUAAUUUAUUUUAACACAUUCAUUUACCCUGACGUGGCACUGUUUAACAAUUUAUCUUUGUUGCAUUCAAAGCGCACAGUGAAUCUUGAUGAACAUUUUACUGUAUUGCUUGAUGAAAAGAUAGGAGCCCAUUGUCAAUCCUCGCGAUUAUGCGCUAUCGACUAAAGUGGCCGAACGUAAGUGUUUAUUCACGUAGGUUGAGAAAGAAAGAAAGAAAGAAAGAAAGGAAGGAAGAAAGAAAGAAAGAAAGAAAGAAAGAAAGAAAGAAAGAAAGAAAGAAAGAAAGAAAGAAAGAAAGAAAGAAAGAAAGAAAGAAAGAAAGAAAGAAAUUGGCAUAGUGCUUUUUGUUUCCGAUUUCCCUAAUUGCAUUAAGUUUAGAAAUAUUCAAGUGCACAACGAGGUGGAAAUUGCAGCAUUGUGAGGGUAUACAUUUUGUAGGGGUUCACCUCCUUCAAUGCGCCGUUAUAUUACCUCUUCUGAUAGGCCUGUCUGGAAUCGGGGCGAAGCCGAUAACAGCUGCCCUCCUGCACUCGGCUGUCAAAAGCAAGAUUGGCUCCUCCCUCUGCGCCGCAAAUCAGCUGCGUCACGAGGAUAGUGUCGUGACUCCGCGCAUCUGAAUGCAAAAUUAGCGCACCGAGUGUCAAAUUCGAUUAUGAAUAUCUCGGAAAAAGCGUGCUCCAGAAGUACCAAACAACAUGAAGCUGCGUUUUCCUCGAGCUUCUAAUAGAAAUAUAUAGCACAAAAAAAGUUCACAAAGUGUGAAUUCUAUGUUUGUAUAUUUUACUCCGAUUCGCUAAGAUUGUGUCCACCAAAGCGCCUUAAUCGCCUGUACAAGCAUGGAUUUGCGAAGCUGGCAUGUCUUUGUAUUCGGGCUACUGACAGUUCAACUCUGAAGGCCCCGUACGUGUAGGUAUGUAACUUAUCUCCCGUCGUGCCGUGUGCAUGGCAAGAACCGGCGACAACGGCAACGGUUCGGCGACGUCGGAAUCAAAUUUGACUUCCCAGGUAGCAGGCGACCCGCGCGCUCUGACAGUGAAGUCAUCUAUAAGAAGGCCGACGGUGCCUAUGGAAAGCAUCGCUUUCAAUGGGAGCGUCGAAUGCGAAAAAGAAGGGUGUUUGUGGCUUUGUGCUAAGGCUUGCCCGUGCCCCAUUGGCAUGUACGGGCUUUCGCCCUUCUCGCCUGGUGUUACGACUCAAAGAACACAUGCCCUUCUGUUGUCUCUCCUUGCAUCUUGUAACGCAAUUUUUUUUCGCUGUUUUUCGAGAGCCUGUAGGAUUAACGUAAACGUUUAUUCACCUUCUGUCUUUUCUUUCUUGUUUCUUCUAAGCAUAUAUGUACGAUACACUAUGCAUAUGUCGCUCCUUAGUGAAACUUCUGUCUAGAAACUCAAGUGGACGCAUUAUUUGGAGGCCAAGCGUAAAGGACAGCUCUUUCUCCAGCACUAUUUAAGAAAUGAUAAAACCACGUUUGCAAGACCUCAGUAAAUCGGAAGUUCUUUUAUAUCGGACAGCGGGAGAAGAAUAAAUACUCUUGCUUUCACUGUUUUCUUUUUUUUUUCCUUUUUUGUGUGUGCGUAUGCAUAACGGGGAAUUGCGCUUCUUCGAUGGCAAGCACCUUAUAUGGUUAUAUGCAUUUGUUGUAUUCAUCGCCUUUUGCUCCGCUUUCCUAUUUUAAGUAUUAGAUGUCAAUCAACUUGUGUACCUGUUUGCACGCUGUUUGUUCAUAAAAAUAAAUUCAUGUAAAGGUAA